AUGCCAAUCGACAAAGAGAGAAGCCGGGGCAUCCUUCAAAAGACAUGCGAUGAAAAGACUGUCCCGGGCACGUUGGGCUCCAAUGACAGACGACAUGAGGAGAUGGCCGGCUCAAAGCAGGGCGGAAUGCUUGCCCAACUGCGCAGCCUCGAAGCCCGCAUGGAAGCCAAGGUCGGGAUCGAAUCCGAAGCCAUUGUUCGGAAGCGCGCGCAGGACAAGAAACAUGUGCCGUGGACGGAAGAGCUUACCAUGGCCCUACUGUGGGCCAGCGGAACGAUGAACACGUCUUGCUUUGCGACUGGCUUUCUGGGAUGGCAAUUUGGACUGAGUCUGAAGCAAGCUAUUCUCAUCACCAUCUUUGCGUCGAUUCUCGGCGGCAUGGUAACAGGCUACUGUGCGACGUUUGGCGCCGCCACGGGACUGCGACAGAUGAGCGUGGGCAGGUACAGCUUCGGAUGGUGGCCGAGCAAGCUUGUUGCUCUUCUCAACUGCAUUCAGCAGAUGGGGUGGGCGGCCGUUUCUUGCAUCACGGGCGGCCUCGCGUUGACGGCAGUUUCGGACGGCCACGUCUCCUUGAUCGUGGGCAUCGUCGUUUUGGCCGUGGUGGCGCUGGCCAUUUCCUUCAUUGGACUUGACGCCAUCUUGGUCUACGAGCGAUAUGCGUGGGUCGUCUUCUUGGUCAUCUUUCUCAUCAUCUUGGGCGAAACGGGAAAAUACGCCGACAACUCGACGGGCGCCUCCCUCUCGGGCGCCACGUUGAGUGGCGCGGUGCUCAGUUUGAUUGCCGUCGUGUACGGUUCCAGCGCCGCCUGGUGCACGACGGCCAGUGACUACUACGUCCAUUAUCGCGCCGACGUCAGCCGCGCCAAGGUUUUUCUCAUGACGAGCUUUGGAGUCGCGAUGCCGACGUCUAUUGGCAUGCUGGCGGGCUGCGUGGUGGCCUCUACCCUGAACAAUAAGCCCGCGUGGCGAGAGACUUAUGAGCGUGACGGGCUGGGGUAUCUGAUGCAAGACGUGCUCUACCCACGAGGCUUUGCCAAGUUUCUCCUCGCAUUGCUGGUGUUGUCUGGCAUCAACACCAACGUCAUCAGCAUCUACAGCGCGUCCCUGUCGUUUCAGCAGCUGGCACGGCCGUUGGCUCUGGUUCCCCGAUUUAUUUGGACCCUGGUCUCGUUUGCGUGCAUCCUCGCGCUGGCAGUGGGUGGACGAGAACAGCUCAACGCGUACCUCCAGAACUUUCUGAGUCUGCUCGGGUACUGGUGUACGAGCUAUGGGAUUAUUCUGCUAGAGGAGCACUAUGUGUUUCGCAAGGGCAGGUUUGAGAAUUACGAUCUCGAGGGAUGGAAUGAUGCUGCGAGAUUGCCAUUGGGCAUCGGCGCGGCCGUUGCGUUUGGGCUCGGCGUGGUGGCGUGGUGCAUGGGCAUGAACCAGACGUGGUUCGCUGGACCAGUGGCCAGGACAAUUGGCGACGGCGGUGGUGAUGUUGCGAACGAGUUGACGUUUGUAGUGACGGCCUUGGGGUAUUUGCCGGCGAGGUAUCUGGAGUUGAGGGUUGUUGGCCGCUGA